CGGCAUUUUCCAGCGUGUGAACGUUAUUUCGACCGGGUGCGCAAUAAAUUACAAAACUAAAACAUUUUGGUGAAGACUUCCGUAAUACUUUUACGUAAUAAACACGCCACGACACUCUUUUUUUUUACAAAAAGCGAAACUCCACAAUUUCGAGAAAUAAUUCAUCAAAGAAAACUAAUAUCCAAAGUGAACAAAAAAGACAAAAAAUUAAGAAAGAAAACAAGGGGCAAACAAAACGCAAUAUAAUAGAAAGCCACAAAAGAGAAAAAAAGGAAAAGACAAUAUUUGUUUUUAGUUUUAUUUUUUAUUAUUUUCAUUUUUAUUUUGGCACACAAUGAGCCAAAGUUUUGAUAGCUUAACGCACGGCGGAGGCGGAGGUGGGGGCGGACGGCGCGACUAUGCGGAGCGACAGUCCUCGGAGGAUGUGCCGGAUUCGACGGCAACAACAACAACAACGACAGCCGGCGACUUAGCCGCUGGCACAGCAGCUGCCACACUGCGAGAUGACGAAUUCAGCGAGGAUAACAAUUUCGAAUCGAAUUUGCGACGUCGCAAAGGCAAAAUAAUAUCCUGUGCCAAGGAGACAAUUGAGAAUGCUUCCCGCCAAUUACGCCGUAAAGUGCCAUACGCUGGCCAUUUGAUGACGCCGCGUCGCCUCUGGCUCAACAAAAUCCCCACACAAUGCGAUGUGGUCAUUGAGUUUCCCGAGGAUGCACCAGAUGAGGCGCUGCGAUGGCUGUUAGCCCGGAUCCGCUCGCAGCCGCCAGCUGGUCUCGGUCUGCUGGUGCAAGUUAAGGCUCACGAUAGCUCCAGACGCAACGCGUUCUAUGUGAGCGCGCCAGUUAAUGUUCUCUUCAAAGCCGCUGAGGAGGCACGUUUGCCGAAACGUUUGCGGCCCGAUUUAGGCGGCGCGUUGCGUGAGUUUACGACGCGCGAGAGCCAUUGCUUUCAGCAGCUGCGCGGCGAUGUGGGCAGCACGGCGUUGUUCACCUCACAGGAGCGCCAGUGGCUGGUGCUGCAGGUGCUGCAGGGUCUGCGUGCCGGCUGCAGCGACAUCGAUGCGUUGCAAGGACGUGCCGCGGUGGCCGAGGGCCAGAGCAUUGUGGCCGCCUGGCAGGAAUCGGGUCUGAUCACACAGGUUUUUCCCCUGCACGAGCCGCGCUCGCUGGCACAGCUGCAAGCGCAAUGGGUUAAGCAAAUAUUUGCCCCACAACCAUUGGAUGACAUCGCCGCCUAUUUUGGCGUUAAGGUCGCUCUGUACUUCGCCUGGCUGGGGCAUUAUACGUGCGCGCUGGGCGUGCCCGCCGUGUUUGGCACCAUACUUUAUUGCAUAUUGUGGGGCAAGGGUCAGACGGCGCAGGAUAUGGGCCAUGUGCUGUUCUCGCUGUUCAACGUGGCCUGGGCGUCACUGUACUUGGAAGCCUGGAAGCGCUACUCCGUCGAACUGGCUUUUCGCUGGGGCACGCUCUCAACGCCGCCCGAACUGCUGGAGCCGCCGCGGCCGCUCUAUAAGGGCCCGCUGGAGGAGAACAAUGUGACGGGUCGAUUGGAGCCAAGGGAGGCGCCCGCCUGGCAGCGUCGCGCCUUUCGCUAUUUGGUCAGCUUUCCUGUGAUUGGACUGUGCCUCUGUGUGGUCUUUGCUGUUAUGUUUCUCAUGUUGCGCUUCCAGGAUUGGCUGGAUCAUCAUAAAAUACCUGAUAGAGGAAUUGCUCAAUGCAUGUAUAAUUUGCACAAGGACUGGUGGGACUCGAAGCUGCCCGAGGACAGCGUCUUGUGCUGCCUGAGUGUGAUACCCAAAGUGCUGCUAGCUGGUGCGAUUACCUUGAUGGAUGAGGCCUAUUUCAAGCUGGCCGUUUGGUUGAACGAUAGGGAAAACUAUCGCCUGCAAUCGAAGUACGAGAAUCAUUUGAUAGCGAAAGUUGCGCUAUUUCAAUUCGUCAACUCGUUCCUUUCGCUCUUCUACAUUGCCUUCUAUCUGCGGGAUGAGGACAAGCUGAAGGAGCAAUUGGCUGGCUUGCUCAUCUCUCGUCAAAUUAUUGGCAAUCUACGCGAAUCGGCUGUACCCUAUGUCCUCGAGCAAUGGAAGCUAGCCAAGUUGAGCUUCAAUAUGUGGGGCGCUCUGAGCCCCACACAGCAUGUUAAUCGCAGUCUAGCCGAGGAGCUGGCCACUGCCGAGGAGAAGCUCAAGGCUGAGGCGGCUGCCACAACUAAAUCUACAGCACAGCAGGAGCAACAGCAGCAGCAGCAACAGCAGCAGCAAUCUACUAACAAACGUAACAUUGGACAAGCCGAGAUUGAGAGCUCUCUAUAUAAAUACGAUGGGACAUUCUCGGAUCAUUUGGAGAUGCUGGUGCAAAUGGGCUAUGUGGUGCUCUUCUCGGCCGCCUUCCCGCUGGCCGGGGUCUGUGCGUUAAUUAACAACCUGAUGGAGAUCCGCUCGGAUGCGUUUAAGCUGGCCCAUGUGCAUCAGCGGCCGUUUGGGCAGCGCGUGGCCAACAUUGGCACCUGGCAGAAUGCGUUGAGCAUUUUAUCGCUGGCCGCGGUUAUUGUCAACUGUGCGCUGAUUGGCCUCUCCGGGCAGGUGUCGCGCCUCUGGCCUGGCCUGACCACGGCGCAAACUAUAAUUUUAAUCGUGACGCUGGAGCACAUUAUGCUGGGCCUGCGGCAGGCGUUGACUUGGCUGCUGCCGGAAUUGCCCUCGUGGCUGGCGGCGGAAAUAGCGCGUGCCGAGCACUGUCGCCGCGAGAUGCAGUGCAAGGGCACCUCGCCCCGGCCCACACCACCGACGCCGCCCUCAACCACAUCCACGCAGCCGGAGCAGGAGGUCACAGGUGCCGAAACCACGCACGAUCAGUCCAUGGAGAGUCAGCUGGCUGAGGAUAUGCUGCUCUAUGGCCACGAGCUAGGCGCCAGCUAUGGCCGCAGCAUUGAGGCGGAUGUGAAUAUAUAUGAGAAUCGUGACUCUUCGCCCGACUCACCGCCAUCGCAGACUAGCACCAUACUCAUAAGACCGCUGCAUGAAUCCACGCCGCCGCACGGUGGCGCCUCGCUGAGCAGUUUGCAUCACGAUGGCAAUGGCGCUUGUAAAAGUUGUAGGCAAAAAUCGCAAUUCUUUAUACCGGAAAUACCGCCAUUUCUUGGAUAUUCGGUGCGCAAUUUGAGUGCUCUGUCCGCGCACGGUCAGAGAGUGCAACAACAACAACAGCUGCUUAGCGGCGCUUCAGCUAGCACGCUAGCUCUGAACUCAGCCGCUGCCAGCUACGCAGCGCCGAUGCAUAUACAAGAAAUACCGCCGUUCCGCAAGAAAUCGAGCGAUUCGGCUGAUCAGACAGGCAGCAGCACGGGCAGCAGUCCACAGCGCGUAUCGGCGCGCCAACUGCUGCAAUCAACCCACCAGCAGCAACAGCAACAGCAGCAACAACAGCAGCAACAACAGCAACAACAGCAGCAGCAACCAACUAGAAUCGCAGAGAUUCCGCCGUACAGCAAGCAGCGCAAAAUAUCCACAGAGAGCGUUGCCAAUGUACCGCUGAGCGAGCUCGGCAACACGGCGGACAACUCAGACAUAUUGAAGCCGGCGCCAUCCUGGAGCAACGUGGCCUUGAAGACAGGCGCUCCGGGUAUUAUGCUGGCCACGCCCCCAGCUGCUCAGCAAAUUGUCGCCUCCUCAUCGUCGUCGUCGGGCGGCGGUGGCAGCGUUUUCAGUCCGAGUAGCGUGGGCCCAGUCGUCGCCGCAGCCAGCAGCAGCAGCGGCAUCAGCAAUUCACAGUCACGACCCAGUGUGGGCGCUUUAUCCAAUUCCUCAUCGAGUUCAUCGCAUAAGCAACAGCAACAGCAGCAGCAGCAGCAGGCGAAGCAGGCAAAGGAGGCCAAGGAGGAGCGAGAGAAGGAGCAGGAGCAGGCGGCAGCGGCAGCCACUGCAUCCACAUCCGCUGGCAAUACAGACGAUGAGACAAAGGCUGCCGAGUUGGCGGCCAAGAAAUCGCGGCUUAAACAAAAGCUGGUUAAGAGCGCGAGAUCUGUGGCCAUAUUCUCGCUCAAGCUCAAGGAGCGGCGACAGCGCGAGGCGGAAAAGGCAGCCACAAUUGCUGUGGAGCAUGCCAAGGCUCUGGCUAAGCUGCCAAUGCCGCAGCCCGUGGGCGGCGAGCUGUCUCUAAUACCCAUCGAACAUCUAAUACAAAUCGAUGAUAUCAAGCCAGCGAUCAAGCCAGCAGCAACAACAACAACAACAUCAGCAGCCGUUUCAUCGAGUACACAGCCGGGCUCCUCUAUGCAUUAUCAGCAGCAGCAACAGCAGCAACAGCAGCAGCAGCAGCAUUAUCAUCAUACGGAUAAUUAAGCUUAAUCGACAGAACUUAGCCUAACUAUAAAAAACAACGCACACUGUAAAUAGUUUUUUUCUAUGCACGUAAUACCCAUAUCUGGUCCAUGUUUUAGAGCGAUCUAUCACUAACAUAUUGAUGAUAUGAGCCAUUUGCUGAAUGUGUGUCUUGUCCAGAGUUGGAAGCAACUAAAUAACGUCUAUGUAUUAGUACACCUAACAAACUAAUUAACGAAUGUUAUUAACUAUGAUAUGAUAUGGCUUGCAAAACAUAGAAGAACAUAAAACAAAAUGUUUAAAUGUUUUUUAAGUCAUAUUCUCACACUCACAUGAAUGUUUGUUAAUAUUUAAAAAAUGAUUAAUGAUAAAAAACAGUUGUGAAACGAAUUUUGUUUAAGCGUUUUAGCCGUUACAUGUUUUUGUGUAGUUAAUGUUCUUAGCCAUAAACGAAAGUCAGCAAAAAAUAUGAAGAAAAAUAUUUGUCAUUUGUUAAAACUUGAUGUUACGCAUUUAUGUUGCGAUUACUUUUUACUAAUAAUGAUUCAUUAAUUAACAAAUUAAUUAUGUACUUAACAGAAAGCUGCAAUGAGUAGCUAUCAAUUAUUAUUUUCGACUACUGCAUACUCAUUAAAUUUCAAUUAUUAUUUACAGACUUAAGCUUGAUGUACUCGUUGCAGUGAUCUYUCAAUCAAUCAAUCAAUCACACACACACACAAACACAA